AUGGUCACAUCUAGGCAAAACAGGAUAUGUGCAUCGCUACUUAGUCAAUAUGAUCCUUACCUAUUGGAUAUAUACAAGACUGAAAUGGGGUACGGUAUAGAGCGGUUUUUCCUGCUUUCGUACUGCUUAGCAUGUUGCUGGCCAGGGUUGGUUGCGAAGAGUUCCCUUAGAGUCGUCAAGGAAUGGCCAGAGUUGGAUUUUGUGUUUCCAAGCGAUGCGGACCGCCAAGUUGCUAUAGACAAACGCUACUAUGUUCCCGGAAAUUCGGUACCCAUUGAUGUAGAUGUGCACCAUAGAAACAGUCCAGAAAAGUCGCGAAUUUUCGUGACAAUACCUCGUUUCGACGAGGGUCGCCCUAUGACUCUGGGAACGGUUACUGACCAAAAUUUAAUCACCGCCUAUCCGGACUACACCUGGCAUGACAAUCAAGGACAUAAUUGUGAUGGAUUAACAUCUGUAUUCAGAGUCGCUAUAGAUAAGUGCAAUCGUCUAUGGGUCAUGGAUGCAGGGAAGAUAGGGGAUAAAGCUGUGUGUCCUGCGCAGCUCCUUGCUUUUGACUUGAAUACCGAUCGGCUUAUAUACCGACACCGACCAGGCGCUAACGGCUUUAUAGCAACAUCGUUGUUCAUUAAUCCAGUGGUAGAUGUGCGAGGCGAAGGGCCAUAUGAUUGCGCUGACACGUUCGUGUAUGUGGCGGAUGUUUCUGGCUUCGGACUGUUAGUAGUCGAUGUGGCCAACGACCGCUCCUGGAGAGUUACUCACCGCUUUAUGUAUCCAUACCCCUCACGAGGCACUUUUACUAUUGACGGUGAAAGCUUCGAUCUUAUGGAUGGUAUGUUUGCUUUGGCGCUCUCUCCGUACGUACCUGGUCAGGAUCGCUUCUUAUAUUUCCACGCCUUAGCGUCCACUACAGAAAAUGUAGUACGCACCAGUGUCAUCAGGAAUGACUCAUUCAUUACCGAUUCCAACGCGAACCCCUUCUCUAUCAACGUUUUUCCUGAAGAAAGGCCAAAUCAAUCAGCAGCCGAAGCUAUUGAUGAUAAUGGCAUUAUGUACUUUGGACUUAAUGAACCUCCAGGCAUCUGGUGCUGGAAUACGGGAACCGAAUUUUCCCCGCGUAAUUUCCAUCAAAUUGCUAUCGACAAAGAAACACUUCAAUUUGCAAGCGGAAUGAAAGUUGUAAAUAAUCUAAGUGGUUCACAAGAGCUUUGGAUUUUAACAUCAAGUUUCCAAAGGGUGAUGACCGGAUCACUAAGCUCUGAUAGAGUUAAUUUCAGAAUACAUGCUGAAAAUAUACCACAGUUGCUUAAAAAUUCAGCUUGCAUGUCGCCACCAAAGAACAAAUAUGGUUACCACGCUGAUCGAAUUUCACCCAACAUACCAAAACGAACAUACAAAUACGGUGCUGUAGCCUUCCUAAAG